AUGGGUGCCGCCGGAGAAUGGUCCGCCCAGGAGGCCAGCCAGACCACACCAGGUGUCUGCCGCUUGUGCUGCAUGUCGCAAGCACAAGUACAAGCCACAAUUCACGAGGAGAUCGUCGACCUCUUGAAAACGUUACCGGAUCAAGAUGCGCAAGAUGUGUUGCGGAGACUCCGCUCGGGCACGGAUGUUGACGCAGUCCUCAACCACGUGAAGGCCGGCGAUGUCUUGCUGCAGAUGGCAGUUGUGCCCGAAACCCGGCUCCGGUAUGAGUUUCCUUAUCGAAUGGAGAUGCCGGCGGCUUUUACGCACAACAAUCCUUACAUAGAGUCGAUGGUCUACGAGAUCGCGUCAGUUUAUCCCCAAGGCCAGCAAUCGAGCUCUUCCAGUAGCCCCGGGUCUGUUGGCGGACCAGGCUCAGAAGAGCAACAGAGUGUCUACAUGAAGCCCUUCCAUGCGGCACGGGUCAUUGAUCCUCGACUCUCAGACGCAAAGCCAUCUGCGUGGACCACCGUAUCCGACGAUGAUGGGCUCAUGCGGGAUCUGCUUGAGUUUCUAUUCCGCUGCGAGUAUCAAUUUACUGCAGCUUUCCAGAAAGAUCUCUUCUUGGAGGAUAUGGCAACGGGCAGGACGGACUUUUGCUCUUCACUUCUUGUCAAUAUCGUCCUUGCUUAUUCCUGUGUUUGCUAUCCACGCUUCGAGAACCGCGUUGAGUACUGGAACCCGCAUACACUAGUUUACCGCUUUCUCGCCGAGGCGAAACGCAUUUGGGAGCUGGAAGCCACCGAACCGCGGAUCACAACCAUCCAAGCCGGCAUACUCUUCAGUGUCUUUCAUAACCUGUGCGGUCUAGACGAGCUCGGGCAGCCCUACAGAAUUCAAGCUGUGAGCCUGGCUAGUAAAAUGCGGAUCUUUGACAUUACUCCGCCGGGACUGAGCAACAGAAAUCGGAGGGGGAGGGAUUACGCGGCAUGGGCUCUGUUCAACUGGGAAACGCUGGUCGCUUUCUCUUUUAUGAUUCCUCCUUUACUCACAAUUCCGCCGAUAUGGUCACUACCAGAUCCUUCCAAGGACUCCGGAUGUAUCUACUACCACCACCUUCUACUUACGAUGUUUGAACCGUUGCUUGAUAACGAAAGAAGCCAAGAACCGUCUCCUGCACAAGUGGUAGCCGAUUCCAAGAAGUACCUCCAAACUCUAGUCCGCCUCUACUACCUUCGACACGGAUUCGAUGCCAUGGACCUCUUCAUCGUCAUCCCACUCAUGCUCACCGGCUAUGACUGCAUUGACGCCAUUCACGAGAGAACGCCCGAAUCGGAACUAGAGACUUUGAGAUCGACCCUCAUUCUGAUCGCCAAAGGCUUAUACUGCCAACGUAGAAACCAUUUCCUGGCGGAGGCGCUCUUCCGCGUCAUUCGAGGUCGAAUGCGUCCGCAAGAGCUCUCUUUGCUGAGAAGCACGAUGACGAUAGAUGAGAUUGAAGAAGAUAGGAAACGAGAUAUGGUGCAGGAUGUUAAAGUAAAGAGUCACUGGCCGGUCAGUGUCGUGAAGAAAAAGGAAGAUGUGGAAUCGCACGUUUUGGCACGCCUUGUCGAGAGUUACGGUCGUUUGAAUGUAGACGACCGAGUGGCCGAGCAGGUCUAA